GGUUUCAACACUUGUAUGUGCAAACCAUCACAGGUGCACGACGUCGACCAGUUCCACGUUCUACAAAUAGUAUUCAAGGGCGUAUUGAUACGCUUAUGGCUCGAUAUAACGACAAAAACAUCAAUGUGGAACAAUUGUUGGACAAUUUAUCGUUACUCAUUGGGAAGAGAAAAUAAUUUUUAUCGCGACGAUGGACAUUAACUCUGUUCGAAAUUUUUUUCUAGUUGUUUAUCAUUUGAAAAAGUGUACUUUUCUUUUUUUUCUCAUUGCAAUCGAAUAAAUAUUUGAUAAUCAACACUAGACACGACUUUCCUAUUCAUUCGACAUUUUUCCCUUCGAUAUUUUUCACUUUCGAUAUUUUUCCUUUCGACAUUUAGCAUACAUACCACUAUCUUGUAUGUGUUGGUCGUGGAGUUGUUGCUGAAGAUGUCAACUGAAACUUGACGAAACGUUCGAAUCAAAUAAAAAAUCGUGUUUUCGCUAUCAAAAUCACAUCGUUAACCAGAGAAGAUCAAAUUGGAGCAGUUAGACUUCUGAAAUGGAAACAAUUCUUUUAUACGAUCAUUAAUUAUAAUACAAUGACUAUCUCUUUGGCCAUUCUUUCACUACUAGAUUUAUUUUCAAGAUUUUUGAACAGAUACUCAAGAUCAAAGAUAAAAAAUGAAAUGUAAAUGUUGUAGUUUUUAAUAAACUAUAGAAAUUUAUUUCCAUUAAUUCAUGAACUCAUACAGACAAUCAAAAUUCAUAUGAACACGUGUCGCAGUUACCACACUGUGGCGUAUUAUAAAUAAGUAAACUUGACUUGAUUUUUCAUCCGAUCACAUCAAAAGGAGCAGAACAGAACAGAAUAGUAAAAGUUAGAAGAUAAAAACCAACUUAUGAUGUAAGUAUAUUGAAAGUGAACAAAAAUCAACUGCUUAUUGUCAAAAAGUAAGAAUAACACGUAUAUGUGCCAUAAAUUAUGUAUUCAUUGAUGAAAUAAAUAUCAUUAUAGUAUAAUCGAUAUAUGAUAGAACGAAAAAUAUUUGUCAAUUGAGAUAAAUAAUAGAAUUAAUAAUAAAAUAUUUCUAAGAAAUGUUUGCAAUCAUCAAAUCUUUAUUUGGUAUUAUCAUUAUUCGUAUGUUAAUAAUUGAAGUGAAUUUUUUAUAUCGAGUAAAAACCAUUUUGAUGAUUUUCAAAUUUAACACAUAUUUCAUAUAUAUAUAUUCCUCCUAAAUGGAAAGUUUUUCAGGAUUAUGGAAGACUGUUGAUAUUGUAAAUCACGUAAUAUGUACAAUGAUAAAUUGAAAUCUAUGAGAUUUCAUAUAAUCAUCAUUAGUUUAUUUAAUACAUAGAUGUCUUUCAGAGACAUUUUAUAUAAAGUAUUAUAUAGUCUUCUGUAGACCAUAUGAUUUAUUGUAAAUCAUAAACAACUAUAGAUAGAUAACUAAUCAAAAGUCAUAAAGUAUACCAAAUUUCAACAUGCUUCACAUUUUAAAAAAACAUACAAAGGAGUGCGCGCUGACAGUUUAUUUCAUGUUAUAUUAUUAAAUAUUGCAAAAGUCAUGUAUAUGUAAUUAAACUACAUCUAAAGUCAUACGUAAUAACAAUAUAUUCUCUUCGAUAUGAUCAAUUAUAUUUUGACAUAUUUAAAAACUUGUUAAUAAAACUCAUAUGUAAUAAUACAUGAUCUUCAGAAAUAAUCAACAGAAAACUCUGGAAGGCUAAUUGAGCUUCUACUAUAUUAAACUAUAUAAAAACUCUUAUUGAAUCCUUAUAAUAUUUAAAAAUAUUUCAUCAAAAAUGCACAUACACCGUCGGUUAUUUUAUUGAACAAUGUACAACAGUUAUAUAUUCUUUCUUAUUUUCAAUUAUGAAACAUUAGGUUUGUUAUUUUAAAACGAAUUUCGCUGUUCUUUUACAUUGAAGAAAAUACUUUCAUUAAGAAAAACUUAUUUGUUUUUAAAACUAAGAAUUAAAAGUAUGAGUUUAUCAAAAAUCUCAAUCUUCUCGAUAGUGUUAGAAUACGAAAAUUCUAUAGAGCUGUAGGAGAUUAUGAAUUAUUCAGAUGAGUAUAUUGAGUUUUUAAAAAAACUAUAAUUAAUACGAUUAUUUAGUGUCUGAAACGAGACAGAUCGACUUUCGUCUCUAGUAUAUCCCUAAUUCUUGAAUGAGUUUCUUUUACGAAAAAUAUGCUGAGAAAGAGAAAAUUGUCAAUUAACAUUCUUUUAUACGUAUAAUUCAGCUGUUUCACUCCAUCAACCAAAUUUACCUUCAUCACCAGUUUGGAAUCUUAAUGGAAUAAUAUUUGCCAACGAAUCGAUUGUUGGUGCCAAGCCCAUGGAUGUUUUUGUUGAUACUAAAAAUUCAAUUUAUGUCCUUAGUAAAGAUAAGAAACAAAUUAUAGUAUGGCAUAACAAUAGUAUCAAUCCAACACAAAAUAUUUCAGCCAACUUCGAACGUCUUUCAUCUCUAUUUGUAAGAUCGAAUGGUGAUAUUUAUUUUAUUGCAGGACUUCACAUCAGAGUGCUGAUGAGAUGGAUCUCGGAAAAAAAUAGUUUUACCAUUAUCACGAAUGUAUCACCUAAUUGUGCCGAAAUCUUUAUCGAUAUCAACGAUCGUUUCUAUUGUUCAGUGACUGCCGACCAUCAAGUGCUAAGAAGAAACAUGAAAAGUUCUUCAACGAAUGAGAUAGUUGUUAUUGGAAGAAAUGAACUCGGAUCUGAUUCGACUCAGCUUCAUUCUCCUUGGGGAAUCUUUGUUGAUGUUAACUUUGAUUUAUUUGUAGCAGAUUCUGGGAAUGAUCGAAUUCAAUUAUUUCCAUUAGGAGAAACAAAGGGCAUCACUGUUGCUGGUCGUCAAUCGCCACAUUCAAUUAUUGAACUCGACUACCCUACUGGAGUUGCAUUAGAUGCUAAGAAAUAUUUGUUUAUCGUAGAUGCAAAAAAUAAUCGGAUUGUUGGAGAAGGACCAUGUGGUUUUCGAUGUAUAAUUGGAUGUGACGGGAAUAGUUUCCAAUUUAAUGAACCAUUUCUAAACUCAAUGAGUUUUGAUAGUUUUGGAAAUAUAUUUCAUACUGAUUCCCGAAAUAAUCGCAUUCUAAAAUAUCAACUGACGAACAUCUCCACUGGCUUAGCGCCCGUUGAGGCCAACCAUUUUAUGGGAUCAGAUUUUUCCACGCCUGCCGAUCUUGCGCUAGGUGGAACAGUUCCUGUCCACUGUGUUGACACCACUCAGUUAUGUUAUCCAGCCAUUCUCUUCAUGAACGCCCCCACCGUAAUUUUCCAUCGUUUUCCCAAAUAA